CUCUUCCCUUUGCCUCGCUUCCCAAACGCUACAGUCUUAUAUCUCGCUUCUGCUCACUGAAAUUAGGGUUCAGGGUUUUCGAAGUUCGUUUUCCAAUCAGAUUGUCAAUCGCUCCGCCUCUUUUCAAUGAAGAGGAGCUCCCAAUCUACGUGAGAGUUCGUUAAAAGAAUCUGAGUUUGUGCUUCCCGCAAUGGCGGCUAAUGCACCGCCUGAGAUGGCUUCAGGGAACCCUUGUUGCGUCGCGUGGCAAGGGAAGUACAUAGGCAUGAAGAAGAGGCGUGAUGCUUGUAAAGAAGCCAUAGAGAUUCUCCAGAAGGCUAUGGGAGCCGCUAAUGAUGAGAAAGCCAAUCUCCAGAUAAAACUUAGGGAGAUGUCGGAUAGCGUGGACACUAAGGAGAAUUAUUCGGUGGAAAAGGCAUCUUUGGAGAAAGAAGUUUAUGAUUUGAAGUCUGAGAUAUUGUCUUUGCAACAAAGGUUGGAGCUGAACCUUCAAGAGAAAAAUGAGCAAAGUAAAAUCCUUCGUGAUCAAGCUUCUAGCAGAGGAAAGGAGAUCAAUGAACUGAAGAACCUCCUUAAGAAAGAGACAUCAAGGGCUGAUAAUUCUGAAGAAGAGAGGGAACAAAUUUGUAAAGAAUUGAACAAGGCAAAGGCACUGCUGGUCAAAUAUGAGGAUAUUAAGCCGGACGUUCCUGAACUGAGAGAGGAAAUAAAUCUGGUUAAAAGUCUUCUUGUAAGCGAGAGGCAGAAGGCAGAGUCAGAGAGGAAGAAAGCAGAAUCAGAGAAAAAGAAAGCUGAUCAGUAUCUUUCUGAGUUGGAGACGUUAAGAACUACAGCUCGUAAGACUAGUUCUGAUCUGCUUGCUUUGACAUCCAAUCUUGAGACUGUGAAAAAGCAGCUUGAGUCUGAAAAACAAAAGACUCUGAGAGAGAAAAAACGUGCAGAUAUGGAGAGUGCCAAAGCUAGGGAACAGAUGAAUCUGGCGGAAGGAUUGUCUAAGAAGUUUGAAAUCAUUAGAGUUAGAAAUGAAGAGCUCAAGAAAGAAGCGGAAUUGCAGAGCGCUAGUAGCAAAGUAAAGUUUGCUGAAAACUCAGCAAAACUAGAAGAGAAGAUGAGGCUCCUUGAGAUGAAUAAGAAAACAGCCAUGGACUGGAAAUCUCGUGUUGAUGAUCUGACUCGGCAGUUGCAGGAGUCACAAUUAGUGACUGAGGGUUUGAAAAAACAGGUGCAUGAGCUUUCUCUCUCUCGGAAAUCGACUCGCUCUAUUUCUCCUCAUGAAGCCAGAGAUCUGGAAAAGGCUAAAAUGAGGCUUUUGAAGAAGGAGCUGAAGUUUCAGAAGAAACGUGAAAAGCACUUCAAUGAAGUGGCUGAGUUUGAAAAAUAUCGAAGGGAAUUUCAGGCAGAAGAGCUGGGACGGUUAAAACUUGAGGUCGGUGGUUUUACAAAUCGCAUGAAUCGUCUGGGUGAGUGUUUUUCAAGAGACGUUGAAGACGUUAGGCUACAUGAUGGAUCUGUUCUGAAUGACAUGGUAGAAGGCCGCAAGAAACCCCCGAAGAACCGUAGUGGUGAAAAGAAUUCUGACGCAAGAUGCCAUUUGGGAGCCAACCUUGUUUCUCGGAACCAAGCUUGCAAGUUUUCUGCCCAGUUAAUCGCUAAAGCUGGACGUGGCGUGAGUGAGUCUGUCUCAGGUUCUGUUUCUCAAUUGGAGUCUCCUAUUGGAGGGUCUAGAGAGUUACAGACUUCUGGAGUAAUUUCCAGCUCGACAUCAUUUUCUGAUGGGCAAGGUAGAGAGCAGCUCGCUUUUACUACUUCAGCAGAAAUAGCAAAAGAUAAGCCGAAUAUCCAACCAACAAAACCAAGUAUGUUCCAGAAAGUCGAUACCAGGAAAAAUGGAAAUCUCUGUUUUGUGGCUGAAAACUGUGUUCAAAGCGGUCAAAAAGAUAGGCAUGAGGUGCUUAAUGAGCACUCUCGAAAAAGAAAAAGAUUGUCAGAGGCAAUGGAGUCACGUAAGCAUCUCUCAUCUGAUGAUAGAAAGAAAAAUCCACAGAUUAGAGAGAAGCUGGGUGCCUUGCAGUCUGUGGUAGCAGAAACUGGAUACAAGGCUUUAAGAGAGAAAGAAACUUUGGUUUCUUGUGAGAAGAAGACAAUGAUGCAGAAAACUAUGUGCUACUCUACCGCUAAAGGACAUGAUGAUGCAACGUUAUUUCUGGAGAACGAUGCUGCUACAGAUUAUAUGAAAUUGCUGGAGUUGGAUCAACCAGAAGAAGAAAUUUGCUACCAGAUUGCAAGAGAAUCGCUCAUGUCCCCUGAUCUUCCUCGGGUAGACUUUUUGGCUAAUGAGGUUAUGAAUGAGGACCAAAAUCUUGCUACUGCUCUUGACUUGGUUGCUAGUAAUAGCGGGGAUUUAUGUGACAAUAUAAGUAUCAACACUGAUAAUGCUUCAGUGACAGUCAAAAUGCCACCUGAGUCGCCAACAUCGCAUGGUCAUAUUCUUAAGUACUUUGUCGUGUUUUCAAAUACUGAAGAUCAGAACAGUAUCAUCAAAAUUUCCCAUGCUACAAACAAUUGUGUUCAGCGAUGCCCAUCAGAUGCUACAGCACAGUGGGCAGUGCCCGCGAUUUUGUUCUCUUUGAAAAUGGAAGAAAACCUCUUAGCACGGGAAAGGGUAUGUGUGUUCCUCUCCUUGCUGCUUCAUAACUUCUCUAUGGUCGCCUCGAUGAACAUUGGGAACACUCUGGAUUAUGAUUCUUGCUCCUGCUUGGAUUCUUUCUCGAAGCAUAUAUCUAGUGUUAUGGCUGGUACUGAAGCUGGAGGUAUUCUAUCUGAAUUUUUGGAAGAACUCCUUAACCUUCUUCAGGACCUCCUUUUAGAGCAGAGGGUAUUGUAUUCUGCGAAAUCCUUAGAAACAACUGAAUCUGAUUUAAGCAUCCCUGUCACACUGAAUGGAGAAAAUAUAGUUCUCUUCAGAAAAGUCGCUCUAAUUGAUCAUUUGGUGGCUGGAAGUGCUAUUUUGGCAGCAAUAUGUACUAUAGUGGACCGUGUGGAACUUAUUCGUGAAGCUUCCUUUGAAAUCCUGCGCAAACACAGUCAUGAGAAGACAUUUGUGCCACUGACCAUUCUUCACGUUUUUGCUUACAUUGCUGGAGAGAAACUGAUGUCCUCUAGUGAUCAUGAUAUAUCAAAUGCAGUGUUGAAAUCCAUUGUGAUGUUUCUAGAGAAUAGACAUUUUGGUACUGUGGAUGGAUAUGCUAAGUUGCACCCAGGGAAGAACAAGUGUCCAUUCUCAGACAAGUCUUCCUCGUUGGAGGCUAUGGGAUCUAUGCUCAUGGAAGUUGUUCAGGAGUUUACUCGGUCUAAUACUGUGCAUCAGAGCUUGAUUGAGUUUAGGCCGGCACACAAAGGUUUCCAGUGCAGAUUGGCGAGGGAUCAAAGUGUUACUUUAUGUGACAUUCUGUCAUUGGUGGAGCUUAUUGCUUGUUACACGGCAUGGGAUUGGACUAGUGCGAACAUUGUUUCUCCACUGCUUAAGACGCUGGGAAUGACAUUGCCAAUGAACGUUUCUGUUGCAGUGAUCUCUCUUCUUGGGCAGCUUAGCAGUGUUGGAGUGGAUGCUGGUGGCUAUGAAAAUGAAGGGAUAUCAAACUUGAGAGAGAAACUGUCAUCAUUUCUUCAGUGUGAGAAGACACUAGAAGCUGGUUUUGCAGUCCAGAUAGCAACUGUGAGCUCCCUCUUGAAGACGCUUCAGCUGGAUCUCGCAAAAGUCUUUCAAGGCGAAAUCACCAAGCUUCCAGAUUGUGGCGACCAAAGCUUAUCUGUUCCAGCCAAUAUGGUCACCAAGUGGUUCUCUUUGUUGAGCGAGGAACAGCGAGCUUUCGCAGCCGAGUUCUUGCAAGCCUCUGUUGUUAGAUAAUUACUUCAGUUGAAAAAGUCAUCAAAAGCAGUACAGUUUUGGGUAUGUCUCUUACUGCUUGAUUAUUCUUCUUCAUUGACUGAUGUUUUUUGGUUCAAGGAUGGAGACUAUCACCAUGUAUUGUAGUCUACCAAUUGGAACAUGUUACAUAGUUUUUUUUUUAAACAUUUUUAUUCAGACAAA